AGUCUAUGGGACGAAAGCGAAGGACGUUUCCUAACUUAAAUAUACGGUUUUUUUUAUGGUAGGUCUCAAGCUACUAAGGCUUUACACUUCUUAAAAAGGAAUAAAAAGCGAUUAAGAGUAGUAUUUUUUUAUUAUAAUAAUAAAAUGGAUUACUUUAAAAGUAAAAAGAACAUUUCAAAAUAAAAAUAUAUUAUUUGUUUUUGAAGGUGACCACUGAACCAUACUUUAAUUCGUUGAAGAAUAAACGUCAAGUGAUUUACCGAACAACAUCCAAUAUGUCUGAUUCUGAUGAAAAUGUCCCAACCCAAGAGGAGGCGGAACAGUUAUGUAAAUCUUUCACGGAGGUUACAGGAACAGAUUCUGCGUGUGCUCUUAUGUUUCUUCAACAAAAUGACUGGCAGUUAGAAGCAGCUGUGAACUGCUUUAUUGUUGCCAAUCAAUCACCUGGAACAAAGAAGAAAUUAGAAAAUAGGAACGAUCCAUCUGACGCACCAAAAAAACAGCCAGUUAAAAGAACUAAAAUUAUGAGCUGGAAUAUUGAUGGUUUGGAUCAAAAUAAUCUUCUUAGAAGAGCACGUGGGGUAGCAAAAGUUAUAAAUCAGGAAAUGCCUGAUAUUGUUCUUUUGCAAGAGGUAGUUCCUCAAUCUCAGAAGAUUUUGGAGGAGACUUGCAGCGAUUAUCAGUUUUUAGCUGGAGGAAAGUCGGAUUAUUAUAUCGGUGCCAUGCUACAUAUGAAAGAAACUCAACUAAUGAAUAGUCAAUAUCAUCCAUUUUACUCCAGUCGUCAAAGUCGCGGUGUUUUAAUCAUGGACCUAGUUAUCAAUAAUACUCCUUGUAGAGUGAUGACAAGUCAUUUGGAAAGUACAAAGCCCUUAUCAGAGGAGAGAAAAAAGCAACUAAAAAGAUGUCUAGAUGAAUUAAUGAACUGCCAAUCUACAAGCUUAUUUGCCGGUGACCUUAAUCUUCGUGAUAAGGAAAUAGAAGAAAUUGGUGGUCUUCCUCCUGGCGUAGUUGACAUGUGGGAAGUAACUGGUAAACGAGAAAUGGCCAAAUUUACGUGGGAUUGUAAACUUAAUUCAAACUUAGAAAUGGAAGGUCGCUUUUGUCCUAGAUUUCGAUUCGAUCGUAUGUAUAUUAAACAAGAUCGAAGAAGAGCAAAAUUAAGGCCUGUCUACUUUGAAUUGAGCGGUAUCGAAAAGAUUCCUCCGCCUGUAAAUCGGUACUGUUCGGAUCACUGGGCUAUUCUUGGACAUUUCGAUAUAUCGUAA